AUGGUCACCGCGACUCAAGGAAGAAUCCGUCCAAUCCAAAAUCCUUAUAAGAAGUACAGUGACGGAUCCGCAUUUACUCCGGUGCAAAUCAACGAAUCCUCCACCGAAACCCCGAUCUCGAACUCUCUGUCGCUACUCUCAAACAUGCAAGAAGGAGCCAUCGACGAAGUGACUGAAUCAGUCUUUCGAAUUGUUCCUUAUGACGAUGAAUCGGAAGAAGAAGGAGGAGAGAUCCCGGCGGUGAAUAAGCCCAAGAAUCCCGAAGACGAGCAAUCGACGAAACCGACGGAUCUACGAGCCACCAAAACCCUAGAUCCGCCGCUAACUGAAGAAGCGACUGGAGAAGUGGUCACAACACCUCCGGUGGUGACCGUCGAAGUAGAGUCAAGCACCACCGCGAUGACGAUUCCGGAAUCCAACUCUUCGAUUCCGCCACCAGAUCCAAAAUCAGUCGCUUCACCAUCUCGAAUCGAAGACGAGGAGACUCUUGACGAACUCAAUCCGGGUCAACCUUUCAGGUCUGAGCAGAGAGAGGUAUCGCCUGAUCCUCUGACCGAUACGGCGCCGAAAAUUCCUUCGCCACCUCUCCUUCACUCGCGAUAUGCUUCCUCCGAUGAACACCAGAGCGAAGACGACGUGUGUCUCGAUUCACGAAAAAGGAAGGUCCUUCGCUCCACCGGUCUUCCACCUCCGUCAAAGAAGCAGAAGGCUCAAACUGCUGCAGCGUCUUCCACACCACCUCCUAAAGCCGCCAAGCCUCAUUCUACUCAGGGGAAGAAGACGCCGACUCAUGCUAGUACUCGCGCUAAAGGCAAGGCGAAGCAAACCUCAGUACCAAAAUCCAAGAAGAAGGCAUCGGUUGACAGGUUUGCAAGCUUUAAGUCUCGUGGAAUCAUAGAUGAGAGGAUUUUUGAUUUAAAGGUUGAAUCACAUUGGGGAUAUCCUGAGAUUAUCAUUAGAGGAGGUUUCAAGUCUACGGUGGUGGGAUUAGGAUGCUAUGUUCGAUCAUUGAUAGUAGAUUUCUACUCGGCCUUACCAGAGACCAGAGAUGAGAGUGUCAAGCUUCUGAUUCGGAAUCAGGAAUAUGUGUUCUCUCCGGCCGUCAUCAAUGAGUUUCUUCGAUUGCCAUCACUGACUGAAGAGGAGAUGAAGCAGGAAGCUGACGCAGAUUCCGUCAGCAUGAAGGAGUUGGCUCAGCUUUUCACUGAUAAUGAGGAGGCCGAGUGGUCUGAGAUCUAUACGCUGGGACUGACUCCGUGUUUUGCUGCUCUGGUCAUUGUGGCUUCACACAACUGGCUUCCUUCCACUCACAGGAACCAUGUGUCAGAGGAGCGAGCCAAGAUCAUCUACAAGCUUUACAAGGGAAUUAGAGUUAACUUUGGUCAGCUUAUGUAUGAUCAGGUGAUGAGCAUGGCCAGGUUUGAAGUCAACGAGUCUCGCUGGCUUGUGUUCCCGCGUAUCCUCUAUGGUGUUCUUCAGAUGCAAGACCCUCUUCCUUUGAUUGCUGGAGAUUCCAUCUGUCGACCUCUGCAUUACCACAAAGACAAGAGGUCUGGCAAAGAAUACCAGAAGCGAGAAGAGGACAAGAAGAAGAAGGAGUCAAAGGCGUCUGCAUCUAGAGUUUGUCCUCCAGCAGAGUCUGCAUCAGAAUCUACUUCAGAAGGAUUUGUCACGGUGGAACUUGGGUCUGUUCGUUUUCCUACUCCUCCACUUCAGCCGGCAGCUGCGAUUUAG